AUGUAUAUCCCCACAUCUCUCUUCUCUCACAUCUCGCCAAGAACACCUUCCACUUCCACCACAUCGCUAUCCCCUCCUGGAUCUCUCCUGCUCGUGUUCGAACGAACUCCCUUCGCGAUGGAAACGGUGAUGAAAAUAUUGAUCGGACUGUGUUGCUUUCUCGUAGUGAUUUUGGUACUCUUAAUGACCUUCUUCUUGAAGUAUAAGCCGUCUCCACGCUCCCGAUCUCGGGCGACAACGGUGACGAACGGUUCAUCCACCCGGUCGCGAAUGGCUGCGAGAUGGGCAAACAUGGAGCGCGGUUCUCGGAGCACGCGGAACGAUGAUUCAUACGCCGAUGCGCUGCCCGGGGACAGUGGGAUGGUGGAGGACAUCGGGCCUGGCGGGGAAUUCGACGAGGUCGACCCUGCUGACUUUGGCGGCUUGGGAUCUUUCCGCGCCGGCGACAACUUACGGAAGACCCCAGGCUCUAUGGGCUCGAGUCUGGUUGGCACCGGUCCCAACGGGACCCGGAGUUUCCUCAAAGGAUGGUUCGGACUGGAUGAGCCCACUAGCGCCGGCUACAAUACCCGCCCAGACCAGCGCGAAAAGUCCGUUAACGGCGACGUGCUUCCAAUGCGCGCGACCAACGGUGACGCCACCGAAGACCUCCAUCCCCACAUACCUGUAGUCCCUCACCACCGCAUUCCGACCACGGAGGACCACGACUGGGAAACACGCUCGCAGGGCUCGAAUGUCUGA